UUGCCAUUUGCCUGCGUUUGUUAAUUCUUACACAGAGAGAGAGAGAGAGAGAAAGAGGGAACGUAGAGAGUGCAAAGCGUAAAUUUAACGGACAAGGAUGGGAGAUGCAAGCAUCGAUGAAGAUUUGCUUCUCAAGAACUUCUACGCCGAAGUCAGCGAAGUCGAGAGGGACAACGAAGUCCUCAGGAUCCUUUCCUGCUUCAAGUUAAAUCCGUUUGAUUUUCUAAACCUACCAUUUGAUUCGUCUUUAGAAGAUGUUAAGAAGCAGUACCGUAAGUUAUCUUUGCUGGUCCACCCUGAUAAAUGCAAGCAUCCACAAGCAAAAGAGGCAUUUGGAGCUUUGGCGAAAGCCCAACAACUCUUACUUGAUCAAGAGGAAAGAGAUUAUGUUCUUAGCCAAGUAAAUGCAGCAAAAGAAGAACUUAGAAUGAAGAGAAAGAAGCAGUUAAAGAAAGAUACAGCUUCUAAGAUCAAGUCAUUGGUUGACGAGGGAAAAUAUGAGCAACAGUAUGAGAAGUCAGAGGAGUUCCAGCGCCAGCUGAAAUUAAAGGUCCAAGAAAUAUUGACACAGCAGGAAUGGCGAAGGAGAAAAAUGCAGAUGAGGAUUUCGGAAGAGGAAGGUAGAUUGAAGAAGGAUGAAGAAGAAACAAAAGAAAUGUGGAAGAGAAAGCGUGAGCAUGAGGAGCAGUGGGAAGGAACAAGAGAACAGAGGGUUUCAAGCUGGAGAGAUUUUAUGAAGAGUGGUAAAAAGGGUAAGAAGGGUGAAAUUAGACCUCCAAAGCUCAAGACAGAAGACCCUAAUAAAUCUUAUGUUCAAAGGCCAGUAAAGCGAGGUUAAAUGGCCUAAUGCUUUUUGAUGGUUGUGCCAUGAUGAUGACCAACGAAGCUUUUGGAAGUUCAAGAGGCUCUGCAAAACAGUGACUAUCUAUGAACAGGUUUAUUGUUGUGUUGACAGCAGACCUAAUUGGAACAAUCUCUCUGUACGUAAUUAAGGAAACCAAAAUCAUUGUAAUGAAUGAUGGAUCGUAAUUCGAUAAGGGUUAUUAAAGUAUAAUUUGAUGCUAUUAUAGUCAGUUUGAGAAUU